CUCCCGCGCAGCCACCCGGCGGGAAGAAGUAGCAGGGAUCCGGGCGAAGUUCCCAACGAAAAUCCCGGUAAUCGUUGAGAGAUACCAUAAAGAGAAAUACCUUCCUCUGUUGGACAAAACCAAGUUCCUUGUUCCCGAGGAGCUGACCAUGACACAGUUCAUAACCAUCAUCAGAAGCAGGAUGGCUCUAACUGCCACACAAGCUUUCUACCUGCUGGUGAACAACAAAAGCCUAGCCAGUAUGUCCUUGACAAUGGCAGAAGUGUACAGGGACUACAAAGAUGAAGAUGGCUUUGUGUAUAUGACAUAUGCUUCCCAGGAGAUGUUUGGAUGCUUUGUACCCACUGCUCAAGGGAAAACUAUGGAAUGCCUUCAAAAAACUUAAGGUUGAGUCCAUGUGCUGCAGCGAAGCAGUUUGCUAUGAAUCAUGACUGUGACAUGAACCUCGGAGAUGCUCCUUCCAAUGUGAGCUCUUGAGCUCUGGUGUGAGGAGUUAUGACCCAAAAGCUGGCAGGACCAGCUUAAGGCAGAAAUGGUGGUACACUUUUCCUAGAUAAUAAUUUGGAUAUAUAUUUUUAUAUUUGAAGACACUAGGGGUUAUUUUUGGAACUGCACCUCCAGCUUUUUGCAAUAUCAGUCUUUGUUAUGUAACUGAUUUUAAGGUGUCCUUAAAGCCUAAGUCUAAGAGUAAA